CAACUAAUGAACAAACGCUAAAUGCGAGAAGUCAAAAGUUUUUUCUCAUUUUUUUGGAAUUUUUUCCUCGUAAAUCGUAAUGUCAUUUUUCAAUUUAACUGAACUUGGUGCAGAUAAUAUUGUUAGGGCCUCUGUAACAGAUCAAUCAUUAGAAAGUCGAAAUAAUUCGGCAUCUAAAGAAGGGACACCUGUUUCCUCGAAGUUUGAUGAAACUGUCCUUCCAAAUUCUCUAGCAAACGGAUCACACAAGAAAUACACAGCGCUGCUCCAAAAGCACCAGCGUUCACCUAUUGGUCCAAAUGAAAUAUAUGUAAAACCAGUGACAACCAACAUGAAAUAUGGAUGGUGGAUGAAAGAUGGUGUUGGGAGAGAAUCAUGGACAAAAACAGAGAGGCAUUCUUGUGUUCAUAGUGAAAUGACGAGGUUUGUGGAUGAAAUGUCUUUGACAAACAGAGAGUUCUCCUUAUUUUGAAAAAAACUUUAACCAACAAGACAAUGAAUGAUGCUGAGGACAUUCUUGGAGAUCGCAUGUAAAAUAGUCGUAAAAUAUCUCAGAAAUUUGUGUUUUAGAAUUAAACAAGACUUUGAUAUAAACAAUGUUUUGAUUCGCAAAAAAUCUUUCAGGAAUAGGAUAGAAAAUUUUGAUUUAGAAACCAGUCUGGUCAUUUUUGACUGCAAAAAUAACAUAAAUUUCUUGUAUUUGAAACAGCUUUCAAAAUUAUUUCAUUAGUUUUUGAUGAUUAGAGUCAAGCCAUUUAAAAAAAAUAAAUGACACAACAUGUAA